AUGGCUCUAAGGCUCCUGCCAGCUAUCAUCAUGGACAAUGAUGAGGAUGAUGAUGGGAACUUCACCAAAUGGAUGAGCAGUUACUGGGGACACGGAGCAGAAACUGGACACUCCAGGGAGAGAAAGCGCAGCUUCAGAAGACCUGCAAGGACACACACAGACCGGAGAGCAUCACUGCCCACUGUGGUAAGGACUUACAGCAUUUAAUGGAUUUAUGUAUGUGGCUUUAAGCUCAGACUUUCUUAAAAAACUUAAAUGUAUUCCAAGAGAGAAUUUGUGGCACAGCUCAGAACAAACAGACUAUUGAAAUGUACGUUAGUUGGACAAAAAAGCACCCUGGUAUAACCCGCAACAGCCAUCAUGAAUAUCGCCACUGUCUGGGUAAAUUUUCAAGGUGCAUGUAGUGAAAAAAAAGUCAGAUAUUUAAAAUACAAUCACUGUACACAAACUUGUAUCCUAAAGUCUACUGUGUAUGCUCAAAAUCCAUUUUCAUCUAUGCAAUUCAUGUUCACUAGUACUCAAUCCCUACUAUUAAAUGUAGUACUAGCAUACUGCAAAAAAAAAAAAACAGCUUAGAAUAUGAUACCUAUUUGCAUUACAAAAUUCAGAAACAACACACGUCAAACCAAUUUUUUUUUCCCAUUUUUUGCUGAGCAACGACCCACCACAGAGCAAAAAAAGUGCUUUGACACUACUGUAUACUUAUUUCCUCUGUCUUUAAAGACAGAUAAAUGUCCCUUUCAUGGAUCUUAAUGAAACAUGCCAGCAUAGAAGAGGUUAGAUUUUCUAUGCUGGCAGACAGUGAGGGCAGAUUAAUGCAUGUAUUUACUCAACAGACCUUACAACCCCUCACACUGGUAUGAGCACUAUGCAGGCCAUAAAGGUUGAUUAUAGUGUUUAGUUUAAGGAUGUCGUGACCUGAAACUUCACAUCAAUAAUGUCAGCUGAUGCUUACAAAUUUAUGACGCCCCUGUUGCACACACAGGCAGAAUUUAAAACGGCGAUUAAAAUUGAUUUUGUAGUGUUUCAACAAAUGGAAACCAGAGACUAUUCACUUCUUGUUCUGUGUCAUGUCAUAAAAAUCCACGACUAGUUUCCACCAGAACACUGCAGAAACUUAAAACUAAUUGUGUGUUUUUGUCUCAUUUCCAGUAAACUGUCUAAUUAGACUCAAUAUAAGUCACAUUAAGAGUCAGAAAUUAGAAAGGGAAGUGAGAAAAAAUGCCCAAGAAAAUUUCUUGCUCCUGAUAAUCAAGCAGCAAAUAUUACCCCAUGGGUCUUCUGCCAAUUAAGCCUGCAUAUUUACUAGUUUAGGAUCAGUUUAGGACGGUUCGGGGGGUGGGGACUAAGUUGUUUUUGACGUCAACAACCACAUUAGAAGAUAAUAAGAUAAUGAAGGAUUUAGAGGUUAAUGAAAGUGUGCCUGUUUUGGGCUCUAAUGAUAAGUUUCUUUACCUCAGGAGACCUUAUUGUGUGCGGUGCUCACCUUGUGUCACAUUGAAAACAGAUAUUUUAGGCACUUGUUUACUCUAAUUUUCAAAACAUCAUCCCUAAAAUCUGCUGCCACUUUUUUUUUUAUCUUGGAGGCAAAAUUUACCUCAGAGUCACAUUCACCUGACAAUUGUCUUAUUUCAAGAUAUUACAAGAUAAAACAAGCAAAAAUUCAGACUUGAAUUCCUUGUAUUGGGUGAAAAAUAAUCUGAGGUGACAUGAUUUAAUUUCAGAGUCUUGUUUGCAAAGGGAUUAUUUUUCCUUCUUCAGGAUCAUUUAAAAGAAAUUCACAUUUGCAUUUUUCUCACCCCUUAGGUUGAUUUUUUUUAACACAUUCAGGUUUCAUUUUAUCUGUAAGACAUUUGUCUGGACUUGUUAGGUGAAUGUGAUCGGUGAUGGAAAUUAGAAAAAAUGUUUUUAAAAUAUUUGUGGAAGUGGAUAUAAGACCAGAUAUAUUUUGUCCUGUGACCCUGUCAAACUGAAUUUCUUUUAUGUCACAGUCUUACUUACUAUUCUGUUAUUUUGAUUUAUUUUAAAGAAGUGAGAAUAAUUACCUACUGUAAAUGAAAAAUAAAAUAUUUUCUGGGCAACCUUUGCCUCUCACAACAAAAAACGGGGGCCUAUUUAGGGGAGCUCUUUUGAAACAUAGUACCUAAGGGUAUAAAGUUUCUGUUUUCAGUGUGAAAUGAGGUCUUACAUCAAAUCUAGUUGGACAUCUUAAAGUAGAAAUUAGACAACACUUGUUUUGUGUUGGGAUUUUGCAGUGAAAGGACUUGAAGUAUUUUUUUGUGAAAUCCCGAGAAACCUUAAUAGACACUGAAGCUUUUGAUGGAUUGUUUUUAGUGAACAAUCCUGAAAUUUGGAUGAAAAACAAGGAUAAAAUCAUAACUAACGGUCAAAGACUGGAAAUCAACCACUAUUCAACCAGCUACAACUUGGUGGCAACAUACCUGAAAACAUAAUGUAGUUAAUUAAUGAGAAAAAUGUGCACCUUCUAGAGAUAACAUAAUUACUGUGACAGUUUUUAUUAAGAUAAUUUUCAGCAGUUACCUAAAUCAAUCCGUGCAAAGGUUAAAUUCCAGAGAGUAGCAUUUGAUACAAAAACAUCCCAUUAUGGGCUGUUUGAUAUUAAGAAGAAGAUUUAGAGACACUGUAAAAGUAGAACUGCCCAAUAUUCUUCACAGAAACAGGAAAAAGAAGUUUGUAUGUGCAGACACUCUCAUUAGCUCACUAUCUGACAGAAAUUAAAAGAGUUACUUUGGUAGAAGCAGAGUUUGGCUGAAUAUUGACACAGGUUGACUGAGUCUGUGAAUAUCUCAAGUGACUCACCUUCGCAGAAAGUGUUUUCUUGCACCUCUGCACAUCUCUCACCUGUUUAAAUACAACAACUGAUUUAAUAUCUCUCUUUAUUCGAAACCUAUCACAAAAUAAGAGUUGAUGAAUCUCACUAACGGGUGUGUGGACUGACUCUUCUAUCAUGAAUGGUCCCUAUCUGUGACUUAAAGACUUAAAGGCCUGUGACCCAAAGAAAAAAAAGGAUCUCACAAGAGCUUCUCAAGAUAACUCCUGCAGAAAACAUGUCACGUUUUUAUUCAUGGACUUUUGCAUGCUAGAACUCAUACACAUGCAGAACAUGAACUCUCUUGUAAACAGUGUGCAACUUUAUUCAGAGCCACGAGGGACCUGACUCACUGACUCACUCUCCUCCUGUCAGAGAGAGGUCAGAGUUCAAAGCCAGCUACACAGCAGCAGUUUCGGGCUCAUAUUUGAGACACGCACUGAGCAACAACAAGCAGGCAGCUAUUAAUCAAAGAUAUAUCCUGUGAGUUGUUUGUAGGACUUGUCUAAGGAUAAAAGAAAUUGCAUAAGCCAAUAAAAGCAGCUCAGUGAUUUACCACAACAUUUCUACUUAUUAAACUAAUGCUGGGAUACAAAAGAAAUCUUGCACUUUGUGACUCUUACUUUAAUAACUUAUCUUUACUUUGCUUGUUUUGUUCUUGCCCUUGAAUGAACGUCGCUUUGGAUAAAAGCCUCUACUAAAUGACAACAUAACAGCCAAGGCGUCAUGGGUUGAGUUGUAUUUGCUGAGAUUGGCCUCUAGGUGGUGUCAGACUAACUCAGAUAAAAUUAACUUAUUUUUAUUACUUUGUUUAAAAUGAGCAUUUGAUCAGGAGUUGGGGUGAGCAGAGCACAACAGCUCACCUAUUAAUCCAUAAAGGGGUUAAUUUACUGCGAUGGAGUCUCUGCUCAUGGUGCAACGGGGCAAAGAGAAUCAUACUGAAAUAUGCUGUUUAAUUGCAUUUUUGAAGGUCUUGCACUGAACUGCUGCAGGACUCAUGUUUACUCAUCACUGCAACUAUGGAAGCCUGGAGAAAAAAAUAGUUAGAUAACAAUGAAAACUAGUUUUCAUCUAAACUAAUUAUGCAUUUGUUUGUUUUCAAUAUUGUUUGUGUAAAUUAACAACAACAACAAAAAAAAAUUAAGGAGAGAUCCAGCUAAUUUUGGCAUAAAUGCUUGAAUAUGGUUUUGAAAAGUAAGAUUCUUCAGACCUCUGUUAGUCAUUUCAAAAUUGCUGGAGAGGAUGUGGUGGAGAAGCAGAUUUCUCUCAUUUUUGGAAGUGCCCUUCAUUACAAAAAACAUAAGGAACUUAAUUAGGGAAAUAUUGUACCUGGACGGACUAUUCUCCCCUCACUAGCUGAUCCUUGGCAGUACAUCCUCAAGAGGUCGGGGAAAGAUAAAGUAUUUUCUCAGAGCACUUGCUUUAAUAGCAAACAAAGUAAUUACAGUUGAUGGGCUCAAACGUCACCUGCCUAACGUGGAGCAGUUGACCUAAGGACUCAAGGCUGUGAACUCAGUGUGACCUAAUGACUGAGAAAGGUGGGCCUGUUAUAUUGUCAGAGAAUAAGGGAGUUGUAUUCACUGCAUUAUACCUACAUUAUUUCUUGCUGAGUGUGAAAGAGUAUAAAACACCACAAGUAUUUCUGCAUUUCUGCAAAGUUUGAUGUACAGAAAAAAACUUUUGUCUGAUUUCAUUUGUGUAAAGCUUCAUGUCAAAGAACUUAUUUCAGUGAAUUAAAAGAAAUAGUGUAGUUAAAAACAGUUUCACCUGAUUUUUAAGUGAAGUCAUUCAAAGUUCCUGUGAGGAACCUCCUGUUUGUGUUGAUUUUGGCACCUCUGUGGUCAAAGACAUACAUUUCAUCCCUAUGAAAAUGAAUAAAUAAAAAAAGUUCUUAUGUUUAUCUUGUACUGUGUGUCCCAUGGAGGUUUUUUUCUCUCUCUCCUGUUAACAAUCAAAUGUCUCACUCUCACAGUGUUGAGGUACACACAAUAUAAACAGAUGUAAUUCUCAAAUCAAUCACUUUAAAUCUAUUAAAUGGUGAAAAUAAACUUUUUUGUACCUGAACCUGUUGUCAUCAAAGCUGCUGUUUUUGGAUUUUCACAUUUUCAAGCCCUAAAAUGUCAGAUGAUGUGACUGAAGUCACCUUGGCUUUAUCAAUGAUAACUUGAUGAUGAAUCAAGUCAAAAAUGCAAAAUCAAAUAAAUAAAACCUUUUGGCAUGAUUUUAUAAGUGCCUGUUUUGGGGAAUAACAAUCAUUUUUAAAUCCAUAUAUUUUUGAUUUUCAGUAAAGUUCGUUACCAAAAUAAUAAUAAUUGAAGACCCUGUUCAGAUCUGUGUUUCUCAAAGUCUCUGUGAUGCCCCAAAUAAGCCCAAGUGUGUUUUUGUCUGGAAAUUAUUCUGAUUUAUGAGUCUUUUUUCCAGACACUGUUGAUAUGUCAAGUUAUGUUGUCCUUAGGUUUGACAAGGCAAAAUAAAGUCUUGAUUUAUAAAACAUUUUUAAAGCACAAAUUUACAUGAAAAAAUUCAAUUGUGUCUUGCCAACUUCUUUUGAAAUGCUAGCUAUGAAGACCAAGCUCACAAACUAACAAAAAGGGUGAAACAUCCUCUGGUGUUUCACUUUUUUCUGUCACAUCAAGUUUGGAGACCCCUCAUAGUUUCUCAACAAUCAGAUUUACUUUGACCUAAUCACUUUUACUUCAAGCUAUAUAAAAAAUAUAGCUGAUUUUACCCCCAAAAAGAACUGUCUUGUUAGUCAUCUACCCAGUGUAUUUAUUGUGUCAUCGAGCACCAAAGUGAAUCUGAGGACAUGCAUCAAUAAAGAGGGGUCAGAGUGAGGGGGCUGCACAUAAACAAAGCUCUUAAAGGUUUAGUUUAAAGCUCAAGAGGUGAGCGAGUACAUCUCCAGUAACCAGUCUUAAUGUCUGCAGUUUAAUCUGUGCUAGAACUUGAACUUGAGAUCUUAUAGCUCUCACGUUAAGUCUCUAUAUCAGACUUAAGUCUUUACAAGUUUUGCAACAUGCAGGUGUCUGUGUGAUAAUGUGAUUACUGUUGUUGUGUAAAUGACCAGUGAGCUGACUGCUACGAGGAAAAACCCAAACUAUAAUUAGACAAACAUGUUACUUAAGGACAUUAGACAUGAUUAACCCCUUUCACAAACAGCAGCUUGGCCCAGGCUUGUGCCUUCUCUGUUACUCCACUGCACUCUCUCUUUUAGCUGAUGUUAAAUAACUGUUUUCAUGAUGUGUAAUAGCUCUUCUUUAUUAUGCCCUCUGUUAUCCACAGACACAGUUAGACGCCAUGAAGUUAAACAGGAUCCAUGCAGCAACUAUGGCCCCCACCCCGAGCCACAUCAAAACCAGGGAGGAGAAGGGCGAGGUCCGCCCCCACCAGAGAGCUCGACGUGUCUCCUCGGAGGACAACAGAGGGAAGACAGCCCUCCAAGAGACCCGCAUCACUACCAUCCCAGAGCUCACAGAGUCCUUUGAGAAGAGGCUGUUUCUCAAAAAUAAGAGGACCACGUCUCUGGUGAGCUCAAGAGUCUUGAUGUUAUUUAAAGCUCCUAUGAGGAAUAUUUAGAGUGUUAUGAAGCUCUACAAGAUCUAAAUACCUUUUAAUCAAAACAAUAUAAGUUAAUUUUUUCAUUAUUUCUUAUCUGUAACACUAUUUUUCCAACACUGUUGGAAUCAAAUGAUACAUCACUGCUAUAGGGGAGACUGGGCUUGUUGUCAUAUGGGUAAGUUGUCACGCUGCAAUUAUCUUUGCCACCAGAGGGCGCAAAUAAAAAGUGGAAUACUAGUUUUCUUCCUUUACAUGGUCAGGGGUCGUGUACUGUCUGAGAAGAGAAGAGCACAUUGUGAGCUGAGAUGAGCGCCAAUUGAGGACAGUCAGGCUGGUGACCCUAGCUAAUAAAUCAAUCUGGAGCACAAUAAAGGACUUUGCAUACUUUUUUAAAUGAAUACUUGUUCAGUGGCUAUGUUCAAUGACUUUUUUUUCCUCAUUGAUAAACAUUUUCUGUGCCUGACUUUGAUGUUCACUUUCAUAUAAAAAAAUGAGAACAAUAUUUUUUUUUCUUGUUUUAUUAGCUGCAAAAUCCACUGUGACAUCUUACCCCAUAUAGUGAGACAACUUACCCAAUGGUGGGGCAACAUGUCACAUGUUCACACUCUCUAUUUGAUUGCUUAUAACUCUGCACUAACACAAGAUACAAAAUAUAUACCUGAGACUUUGGUCUUUCAUCUGGUACAUAUUUUGUUUAUAGAUGAUGUAUUGAUUUCAAGAUGUAUAUCUAAGAGUGUAAAAAGUGUGACAACAAGCCCCGGUCUCCCCUACAGCUAAUUUGAAUAUUUUGAGUUUGCCCUCUUUACCCUAACUUUAAAGCUCCUGUGAGGAAUUUUAUACCGGUAAUGAAAUAGACUGAAAUUAAUACUAGAUAUGACCCAAGAGGGCAAACAAGACUGUAAGAAACAAGGCCGACUAAUUCUCUAUAAAUAUUUUAAUACCAGAUGCAGGGUAGGUGUAAGACAAGGCAAUUCAAAACAUGAUGCAGAAAAAGCCUUUUUUGAUCCAUCCCUCCCCAAAUUCGAAUCUGAGGACACAUGUUAAACACUUUCAAAAUAUAAGCUGGGUUUGCUGGGCAUCUGUGUCAGUUUAGCUUUAAAUCUUAUAUCUAUUUGUUUGUGUAAGCAUGGAUGUUGAAGUCUAGUGUGGGAUGCCAGAAAUGAUCUUUCAAAUAACCAUAAGUUUUUGUCCUUGAGUUGAAGUUUUUGACCUGAAACUCAUGCGGGCCUGUGGGGCUAUGAUGUAGUAAGUGAAGGUAAAUGAGUGAUCGUUCCUGGGUCUCCUGAGGCUUUCAUGACCGUUUAUUACAGUCAUAUAGUCCUUUCUGAAACUGUAACAACCUUUUAAGUCUCAGCCUACGUGUGCUUCUUCAUGCUGCCCACACUACAGUUGAGAGAAAAGACUGAGAGCAUUAUGAAGGCCAGAUUAUUUGAGUGCACCAUCUCUUACUUAUUCGGUCAUUUUCCUCUGUAGUAUUGAUGCACAGUCAUUGGUGGACAGCAUGUACGCCAAUGCUCAAUGCAAUUUAUCAGUAACAAGCAGCUUAAUUUAUAUUAUCUUCUCAUUGCAGUGUUCUUAGAUAAUAGGAAGGCAGUGUAUUUGGAAAAAAUGAAAUGCCUGAGAACAUACAAAAAAAUGUAUUACUAAUGCCGUACUACUGUGCCUCAAGGUUGUGAUUUCAAAAGAAAUUGGAUGUCUUUAUUUUACAGAAUGAUGAGGAAAAACCGUGCCUGAUCUGUCAUGAGAACAUGAGGAAAAGUGGAGGAGGCGUUCAGGAACUGCACUGCACGCACCGCUUCCACAAAGAGGUAAAACAACUUUGAGUGUUUUCUGUUUCAGUUUUUACCCAUCUCCUCUACACUGCACUCACAGCACUCGAAGAAGUCUUCACCCGUUCACCCCACUCCCACCAUGUCAGAUAUCAGACUUGUGGUGCAUGAAAACAGCUCAUUCCUGGAUGUGCAUGAUAUGAAGCAACCUGCAUCACCUGAACCUGCCUCAGUGGAAGCAUGAAGCCCUCUAACAACUCCCUUUUGGCCUGAGAAAUUGUACUCACAAUGAUGUCUCCGUUUGGUGGAAAGGCGGCUCGGAGGUCAGAGCAGAGUCGGCCUUGCAGCAGCAGCAGUGAGGCAGCAGCCUGUCAGGGGAGGAGAUCCUGGAAUGAGAGGAGGAGAUCAGAAGACGGACCCAUCUCCAUGGAGAAGGAGCAGCACACACUUCGUCGUCAGCUUUCUCUGAGGAGACAUCGCUGA